GAAGUUGAAAAUAUACUAAAAUUACGAACAAUAAACAGUUGCGGUGCUCGCAUCUUUCUCCAAUUAUUCCAAAUUGCCGCGUGAAACUUUUUUUAAUUCACUCGUUCUUUCAUUUCAAUUCGCAAAACUAAACCCCCCUGAAAACACAGUAACCGCAUUUCACACCGAAAACACGCAGCAACGAAUCGCCAUUGAUAAAUGGGGAGAAAGAAGAAGAAACAGCAGAAACAAUCGCAGGAAAACAGCAGCACCGCCGCGGAAAAUCAACCAGAUUCGUCCAAGUCCGUUGGAGACUGCACGACCGGAGAGAAUUGGGACGAAUUUCUCAACGAAAUUGGCAGCGAUGAUUCCUCCGAGUCGUAUGCCGAGUGGCCCCAACUCGAGAGCUUACUCACGGAGCAGCUCUCAUCGCCGUCAUUGUUACCGCCGGAAACCGCCGGAGAGGCGCCUCCGGCCGUACUGGCGGCGGAGAUGGCUAUUCUGGUGCCGAAAUGUGGGAAAUCUGAGCUGUCUGAGCAUUUGUAUGAUGCUGGGUUUACGAAUAUAACGAACCUGGAUUUCUCAAAGGUGGCGAUUGCUCACAUGUUGAGGAGGAACCUGAGCGAACGGCCGAUGAUGAAGUGGCGAGUUAUGGACAUCACCAGAAUUCAGUACGAAGAUAAGACCAUCGAUGCCAUCAUCGACAACGGAGGAUUGGAUGCGUUAAUGGUGCCUGAGCUUGGCUCUGGAUUAGGGAGACGGUAUUUGUCUGAGGUAAAAAGGCUUUUAAAACCUGGCGGAAAAUAUAUUUGUCUCACCAAAGCAGAAUCCCGUGUGUCAGAUAUACUUUUCUCCAUGUUCCGAUUUGGAUGGAAAAUGAGUCUUCAUACCAUUUCUAAGGAACUGCAGACCUUUAUGGUGGUCAUUGAGAAAGAUAUUUGUGCUUCUGUUCAUGAGAUAUCAGUCAUGGAUGAAUACUCUGUUGAAUCUCAUGGUAAUCAGGUUUGUGAACUCUACAAUGCACUUGAAAGAGAAAGAAAGUUUCGGUCAGAGUACUGCAGUGGCUGUGAUGUAUUGUAUUCACUUAAAGAUCUGAAGCUUGGGGCGAAAGGAAACCUUAAAGAGCUUGAAGAAGGUCGUAGGAUAAAUCUUAUUUUAGGUGAACCGGAAGGAUCCCAGUUUUAUAAGGGUGUACUUAUUGAUGCUCAGCAAAAUUCAGACCCUUUCUUAUAUCACAUUGCUGUAUUACCCGUUCCACAUAUACGAGUUGAUGACUGGAUCUUCUCAUCAGAAGAAGGACAAAAGAACCUUAUCGCAAACUCGAAGGCGUCUAGAUUACUGAUCAUUUUACUAGAUUCUAGCAAUUCUUGUGUUCCUAAGGAGCUUAUCCAGGUAAUAUCCAACUGUAUUUUCAAUAGCUAUAAGUUUCUGGCUUGCAUUACAUUUGAUGAAUUAUUAUCCUUAUUUCAGAAAUAUCUCACUCCUUUAGUCAGGCAAUUGGCUCCAAGAGAAUGUGAUGAUAGCGAUACAUUUCCGUUUAUGCACAUAAAUGACGGAACUUAUCAGCGAGAAGUUGUACACCAGGUUACAUCUGCCUUGGCGGGUACAAUUGUUGUAGAUGAAGCGAUCUAUCUUGACCUUGAUCAAUAUGAUGAAGAUCUUGAUUUGGUAUCUGACUAUAGAGAUCUGAUAUUCCGCCGCCUUACUUUUGAAAGAUCCGCGAAUAUGGUGCAAUCAGAAGCUCUUUUAGCAGGUCAAAUAGAGGGGAAAAAAGUGAAGAAAGGAAAGCAGAGAUCUUAUUGUCGCCCAUCUAGGUCUUACGGGAAAGUUGAUCACAACUAUUUGGUACGUCCAUACCACAAUGUGAUUAUUUCUGGAUUGAUGUUAAUUUCUCUACAUCUGAAAGGAUCUAGCUCCACUGAGUGCAUGUUCGAAACAGUGGUUAUCGGUAUUGGAGCGGGAUUGCUUCCUAUGUUUAUGAAAAAUUGGAUGCCUAAUCUAAACAUUGAGGUUGUCGAGCUAGAUCAGGUGGUUUUGGAUGUUGCUAAAGAACAUUUUGGUUUUAAAGAAGAUGAGAAAUUACGGGUAUGUAUAACUGAUGGAAUACAGUUUGUAAGGGAUAAAGCAGAUUCUGGGGCAGAAGGAGAAUCCUCUUCCAAACUAGACAUACUCAUAGUUGAUAAGGACGCGCCAAACUUAAGUUCUGCUUUGAUCUGCCCUGCAGCAGAUUUUGUUGAGGAAUCUUUUCUUCAGAACGCAAAAAACUCCCUUUCCGAGGAAGGUUUAUUCAUCAUUAGGUUGGCCUCGAGGUCCCCAGCUGCGACAACUGCAGUAUAUUCGACUUUAAAGAAGGUAUUUGGUAAAAGCCUCCUCUACCUCAAGCUUGACGAUGAUGUCAAUGAAGUAAUAUUUGCCCUGAAGAACGAAUCUCCGAUCACGGAGGAAGAUCUUUCUAAAGCUUGUGAUGAACUUGAAAGAUCAUUAGAGCUGGUCACACGCAAGUGGGGCAAAAGAGUCAUAAAGGCCUCAAAAUUGAUUCAACCACUAAGAUGAUGAAUUGAAAACAUGUUCUUUUUUUUUUUUUUCCUGUAAAGUUUUGAGAAAUAUUACGCAAUUCUCGAUUCGUCUUGGGAUAUUAGGUUACAGAUAUAAGAAAAUAUAUAUUCAAAUUGCAGCUUUACAUAAAGGCGAGGAAGCAACCAGCUGUUUCACAUUUCCAUAUCUUCAUUUCGUCUGAACUAGCACAGGUCAGAAUACGGUGCAUCGUCUACUCAAACGAGCUAGUAUUGUUUAGUUGAACUAUCCGAUUAGCAGCUUGUGUGCAUUUGUCUAUAUGGUUGCGACCGGUUUAUUCAUUGCAUUAUUCAUAUAAGAUAAAUUUGCGUAUUUGGCUUCAAAAUGACAAAAGCACUCAUGGUACAGCUAUUCCCUUUAAUUUCGACUUUUGAUUAUCUAUAA